AUGGAUUUGAAAGAAUUGUCUGAUGCAUACAUGCGCGGUGAUUUCGACAGCAGUUCUGAUGAGGAAAAUGAAGACCAAAGAAUAAGAGAAGAUUGCAGAGGUCAACCUGGGUUUACUCCUCAUCAAAAGGUUACUGCAGCAAUGAGGAUGUUGGCGUAUGGCAAUGCUGCUGACGCUCUUGAUGAAUACCUUCGAAUGGGAGAGAGCACUGCAAGGGAGUGUUUGAAGAAAUUCUGUGACAUUGUCAUGUGCAUCUACGAAGCAGAAUUUCUUAGAAAACCAACACAAGAGGACAUUGACAGGCUCCUGCGAAAAGGUGAGUCUCGUGGCUUUCCUGGUAUGCUUGGUUCAUUAGAUUGUAUGCAUUGGGAAUAG